AUGAAGACUGAUGUUAGAGCUUCCACGUUUCUGGCCAUUUGUGCUUGCGGCCUUGUGGAGGCAAGCAAUGCUGCCAUCCCACCCAAAUACGUCGAAUCAUCCCUGCUUCAAGACGAGGUUACCACAGAAAACCUUAUGAGUAAUCUGGCUGACCUGCAAGAAAUUGCGGACGCGAAUGGUGGCAAUCGAGCAUUUGGUCUCCCGGGCUACGAUGCAUCGCGCGACUACAUCUAUUCCACGGUGCAGAAGUCCAAGAUGUUCGACUCGUGGCUUCAGGAUUUCCCGGCUCUUUUUACAGAAGUCCAGUCCAUAGAUUUCACCGUUGGCGAUGUCAGCUACUAUGUCUACGGCUUGACCUAUUCACCGUCAACGGAUGAGGCAGGGAUCGAUGCGGAGCUCGUGCUCGGCCCUGAAGGCGAAGACGGAUGCAGUGUUGAAGGCUAUGCUGAUCUAGACGUGACUGAUAAAAUCGUUCUUGUUGAACGCUACAGAUGCCCAACCGGUGGCACAUUGGCAGGACGCGUCCGCCCGGCCGCGGAAGCCGGUGCCGCUGCUGUCAUUGUGUACAAUGAUGUGGAGACAAAGGUUACGGGCGGCACACUGUCUGCUCCGGACGAAGAAGAAUUUGUUCCGGCUGGUUUCAUCAACCAGGUUGACGGGCAAGCCUUGAUCGAACUUCUCGAGGCCGGUGAAACCGUUGAGGCCCACUUCCAGCAGACCCAGCUUAUUGAAGAGCAAAUCACUCAGAAUGUCUGGGCGGAGACAAAGGGCGGAGAUCCUGACAAUGUGAUCAUCCUCGGCGCUCAUCUCGACAGCGUACAGGCUGGACCCGGUAUCAACGACGACGGAUCCGGCACCUCGCUCCUGCUCGAGCUGUUCAAAGGUCUGGAAAACUACGAUGUCAAAAACAAGGUCCGAUUUGCCUGGUGGGGUGCUGAAGAAAACGGGCUGGUAGGGUCCACCUUCUACACGGAUAACGUCACCCCUGAAGAAGCAGACGCGAUCUUGCUAUACCUCAACUUCGACAUGGUAUCAAGGGGCUAUUUCGGCGUUUUCGAUGGCGAUGGAAGCACUCAUGGUUUGGCAGGAGCUCCUGGCUCAGAAGUGAUUGAAAAGCUGUUCGUCGACCAUUUAGAAGCUCAAGGCAUCAAUGUCACUGCGGCUGUGUUUACCGGCGGUAGUGACUAUGCUACAUUCAUGUCAACCUUGCAGAAACCUGUCGGCGGCAUGCAUACGGGCACCGGCGUCGACCAAGAUCCCUGUUAUCAUCAAGAAUGCGACACCUAUGAGAAUGCGAACAGCACGGUUCUUACAGUCAAUGCGAAGGCUGCAGCACAUGUUCUCGCCACACUCGCUACGGACGGUACCGACUUAAUCCCCAAGGCGCCCUCAAACGUGACGAGGCUUGCUCGCAGAGGCGCCGGAAUAAGUAGCGCCGAGCUGUUCCCCUGGACGCAGAUGCAGGGUGAGCAACACCUUCACCUCGGAACUUGUGGCCAUGAUGAAUGA